AUGGCGACCUCCCCUGUCGCUGUUGUCUGCAUUGGCAUGGCCGGAUCGGGCAAAACUACCUUCAUGCAGCGCAUCAACAAUUACCUACAUGUCAACAAGAAGAAACCCUAUGUGCUCAAUUUGGAUCCGGCUGUGGUCAACGUCCCAUUUCAGCCCAACAUCGACAUCCGCGAUAGUAUCAACUACAAAGAAGUUAUGAAGCAGUACAACCUUGGCCCUAAUGGAGGCAUCUUGACGUCUCUCAAUCUAUUUGCGACCAAGAUUGAUCAAAUCAUCUCUCUGCUUGAAAUGCGAGCAAAUCCGCUUCCAGAUAGCAAAGUGCCCCCGCCACACCAUUUCUUGGUCGAUACACCAGGCCAGAUUGAAGUCUUCGUCUGGUCUGCUUCAGGCAGCAUUCUCCUUGAAUCGCUUGCAUCCUCCUUUCCUACCGUCAUCGCCUACAUCAUCGACACACCACGCACAUCCUCCACAUCGACAUUCAUGUCCAACAUGCUCUACGCGUGCUCGAUACUAUACAAAACGAAGCUUCCAAUGAUUCUUGUUUUCAACAAGACGGACGUUCAGGACGCUGAUUUUGCAAGAGACUGGAUGACAGAUUUUGACAAAUUCCAAGAAGCACUCAAUGAGGAGCAGAAAAAAGGUGUUUUUGGCGGUGAGGGUUUCGGUGGAGGGAGCGGUUACAUGGCGAGCCUUCUCAAUAGCAUGAGUCUCAUGUUGGAGGAGUUCUAUUCUCAUCUGAACAUGGUGGCAGUCUCAAGCAUGACCGGAGAGGGUGUUGACGAAUUUUUUGAGGCCGUGGAGGAAAAGAGGAAGGAGUUCGAAAGGGAUUACCGCCCGGAGCUAGAGAAGAGACGGAAAGAACGUGAGAAGGAGAGCGCUGCGAAACGAGAACACGACUUGACGAAAGUAAUGAAAGACAUGAAAAUGGAUUCCAGUGCAAAGUCCGAUGACAAUGCCACAAAAGAAGAAUCCGAUGGCACUGACGACGAGGAACUUGUCGAUGCAGACGAUUUUCCUGAUGCGGACCGACAAGACGAUGAGGAAGGCUUGAAGCAGCGAUACAGGAACGCUCUACGUGAACAAGGCAUCCAAGUCGACGAUGAUGAUCCAACAAUCGCAAGAAUGCUAGCAGCAACGCGGCGAGCAGGAUGA